UAGGGCAUGGGUCCGACACCCGUUGCAAAUGGAAAUGGGCAAUAUUAAAUGACAAAAUAAAACUGAUUUUUUAUUAAUAAAUUGUUAAAAAAACGUUUUUUUCAUAAAAAUGUAUAUAUUUGUACAAUAAUAAUAAUACAAAAAAUGGACAAUAGACGACUACUCAUACUGUAUGGAAGCCAGACUGGUUGUGCCCAAGAAGUGGCCGAAAGAAUUUGGAGAGAAUCAAAAUGGUUACAUUAUAGUGGCCCUGUUGUUGCAAUGGAUGAUUACCCAAUAGAUAAACUAAUUUUUGAAAAAAAAAUUAUUUUUGUUUGUUCAACCACGGGACAAGGUGACCAACCGGAGAACAUGAAAACAGCUUGGAAGUUUUUGCUCAGAAAAAACUUACCUUCCAAUUCUUUAACUAAUGUAGAAUUUGCAGUUUUAGGCAUGGGUGAUAGUUCUUACGUGAAGUUUAAUCAUGUGGCUAAAAAACUCUAUAGAAGACUUUUGCAGUUAGGUGGAAAGCCUUUGUGCAAUAUUGGGUUAGCUGAUGAUCAACAUGAUAUUGGAGCGUUUGCUGUAAUCGACCCGUGGAUAGAUAAUUUAUGGACUGCUUUAUUAGAGAAACAUCCACUUCCAAAGGAAAUGGUCUUAAUAGAUAGAAAUGCAUUGCCUCCGCCCAGAUGGAGAGUUCAAAUUUUAAAUGACGAUGAUAGUUCUAGCACAAACAAUAAAUUACCAAAUGCUGAUUUGUUAAAAACAAAUUCUACAACAUUAAAUUGUUUAUCAAACAUAAGAACAACAGCUUUGAACCAUUUCCAAGAUGUACGGUUAAUUAAAUUUGAGUACACGGAAAAUAGUUUAAAGUAUUCCCCCGGAGACGUAUUAAUGGUGCGUCCAGUUAAUUCUGAAAACGCAGUUAAUAGUUUUUUUGAACUAAUGAAAGAAAAUCUAAAAACUGAAUUGAAUAGAAAUUCUAUGAUGACUGUCGUUCAACAGAGUCCUGAUAUGCCUGUACCGUAUAAUUUAAGUAAACCGUUCACUUUGUAUCAGUGUGCUAAAAAUCAUUGGGACUUAAAUAUUAUUCCAAAUAGGUAUACUUUUCAAUUAUUGUCGUAUUUCACUAAUAGUGAGCUAGAAAAAGAAAAACUUCAAGAACUCACAACAGCCGAAGGACAAGAAGAACUGUAUAACUAUUGUAACCGACCAAGAAGAACAAUUUUAGAAGUAUUGUCUGACUUUCCUCACGCUCUGGCUAAUAUUCCUUUGGAUUAUCUGUUCGAAGUAUUUUCUCCUAUACGACCAAGAGCUUUUUCAAUCGCUUCAGCACCUUCUGUGCAUUUAAAUGAAAUACACAUACUAGUUGCGGUUGUCCGGUAUAAAACCAAAUUAGUAGCCAAGAGAUUCGGCUUGUGUUCAAACUGGCUUGCUGGCCUUGUAAGUGGAGAUAAAAUUCCAGCUUGGAUACAUAAAGGAACAUUCAAAUUCCCAUACAGUCGAUCCUGUAAUGUUAUUAUGAUUGGCCCGGGCACUGGCGUUGCUCCAUUUCGAAGUUACGUGUAUGAAUCAACCACCAAAGGAAGUGGAGAUGCCGAAACGUUGCAUUUGUAUUUUGGGGCGAGAAAUCGUUUUGGUGAUUUUCAUUGUGUCAACGAUUGGGAGAAAUUGGUGGACGACGGAAAACUUACAUUGUACACUGCAUUUUCUCGAGAUCAAGACCAUAAAGUUUAUGUGCAACACGUCCUAAACAACAGAGGUCAACAAUUAUACAAGCUGUUGACAAGUCAAGAAUGUUUUGUGUUUGUCGCUGGAAAUGCAAAAGACAUGCCUGCGGCAGUUAGAACGGAAUUUUCAAAUGUUUUUAUGAAGUACGGAAAUUUGGACAGUGUAGAAUCGGAAAAAACUAUAGAACAGAUGGAACUUAAGGGACGUUAUCAGACUGAAACGUGGAGCUAGUAUUUUUAAAUGGCAUAAUAUACUUGUAGCAUAUUGUUAUAAUAAUAUUGUCUUUUGUAUUCGAUGUUUAAUGUAUUUAAUGUUGUAUUCGAUCGAGGUUUAUCCGUAGUGUAAUAAAUAUUAUAAUUUUUAUAAA